UGAACAUACAGAACAAUAAUGUCAUGAGUAGAAUCUUAAUUCUUAGCGAAUAAUUAUCAAAUUUUGAUAUAUAAAUAGAAAUUACAUCUUUUUCAUGUUCUGAAAAUCAAAUAGUAUGUCUCGAUACAACCAUUCAUCAAUGUGUCAAUAUUACACAAGUUUAUAAUGAGUAUAUAUUUGUUGUUUAUUGAAUACAUAGAUUAAAAAAAAAAUUUUUUUUUUCUAAAGUAAACUUCAUUGUUUUGAUGAUGGUGAUGAUGGAUCUCCAUUAUGUAAUAAUGAUCAAUAUUCAAUGGAUAAUGAUGCUUGUAAUUAUAUAUAA